GACCUGCCAACAACACUAACCCAUCUUGCGAUCCACGUGUGAUAACCAUGUUUCCGAUCGUGGUUACGUUCGGUGAAAAUGAUUUUCUACAUUUGUAUUCGUAACUUACAGAGCGGCGCCAAACUGAAGUCUCCGCCACAUUUGUGCAGCACACAAAAGUUUAGUCGCGGAUCAAUAAAUCAGCAGUCAGCUAUAUCCAGCCAGAGUCAGCACCGAGUGUGUGGGCCACUGCCACUCUCGUUACCACCCACCACAUCCACAUCGGCAGAACAUCGUGUUACUUUUCAACAAUCCCAAUCGCACUUCAUUCCUGAGGAACAUCUUCAAAAGCUGCCAACUCGACAAUAACUGCUCCUACUACUAUAUAAUGGCCGAAGAGGAGACGGACGAAUCUUUCUAUCAGGAACGGAUGGACAAGUGGUUCUCAGAUUGGCUGCCAGGCAAGGAUGGUGAAGACAUCAACUUCGACCCGAAGGAGCUCCCUAGAGAAUUCCGCCACAAAAAGUUCGACUUCGACGAUAUUACAUUUCGCUCGAAGAGUAAGAAGCCUACCAAGAUCCGGACUGAAGGGGACCUCUCUAGGAUUUUAUGCUCCGUGAUACAGAAUGUUUUUGAUCUUGCCGCCUGCAGGUCCACCGGAGAGGAUCGAGUGGACUUCCUUCAAAUCAAAGAUACAAGUGUCGCGAAAGUCGAGAGCGACGAUCCAGAUAGACCAGACUUGUCGGUUCAUAAGGCCUCAGCAGCUCAGGCCUUCCAUCUUGACGAUGCGGAUAAGCAGGAUGUCUCUCCUGAUUCCCACAGAGCAUUUAUUGGGCGAGUCGCUUACUCAUGGACCAUAUUUCCCGGUGUGGUCAAGAUUGACUCAUCUAGAGAAGGCUUCGGCUUUAGUGCGGAUGAACUGGACUUACCAGACACUGAAGGCAGUCGUGAAACACGUGGACAGUUCGCUGGACAUGUUACUGAGAUCCUUUCACGACAACAUCGCCAGUUCACCUUUGCAUUCUAUGUCUACAAGAACUUGGCCCGUCUCUUCGCGGUCGACAGGAACUCUGCCAUCAUGACUCCGCCUUUUGACUACGUCAAAGAUCCCAACACCUUACUGAAAUUCUUUUAUCGUCUGGCCCGCGCGGAUAACUGUGCGCAAGGGUAUGACUCCACUACCGCUCUCGCAUCACCAUGCAACAUCUCAACUCUCAGGGAGCAUAUGUCGGAGGACCAUGGAGUCAUCCAACCGCUCAUCUUGGAUGCUAUGAACGAUGCAUUGGAUCACGGUCCAACUUCCACUUGGCCUCUCUAUGAAGUACAAGUUCACGAUCACAUCUCUGGAAAGACGUCAUGUUUUGUUAUUGGAAAGCCUCGGAAACCGGCUACUUCCCUGUUUGGUCGUGCAACGAGGGGUUACGUCGGGUUCGAUUCGGUCGAACAUGAUUUCGUCUGGUUGAAGGACGCAUGGCGCUCGGAUUCACUGAAUUCUCACCCCGAAUGGGAGAUUUAUUCCAAGCUGAAGAACGCCAAUGUGAAAAAUAUUGCUACGAUGCGGUGUGGUGGCGAUGUUUACAACCCCAAGUUACAAUGUACCCUCUCCCAGGAUUACAUCAGUUCCCCGUUGCUCAAACGAAGGAUUCACUCUCGCCUCAUCAUCAACGAAAUCGGAUUUCCACUGGACGCAUAUGAAACAAGUCGGAUCCUGAUAUAUAUCGUAUUGUGUGCAUUCCAAGCACAUGAAUCCGCAUGGGUGAAAGCCGGAAUACUUCAUCACGAUAUUAGCGACAAUAAUAUGCUGAUCAUUCACGUGAAUGGUAAAAAGCGCGGCCUGCUCAUAGAUUGGGAUUUGUGCAAGUACGCCUCCGAAUUGCAAGAACGCAAACCACUUCGCCAAAAUGCAUCGGGUACCUGGGCAUUCACCUGCGCCGUGCGCCUACAUUAUCCCAAGAAAUUUCUUGAGCUUGCAGACGAUAUCGAAGCAUUCGUGCAUGUGAUCAUCUGGUGCGCCCUACGAUACCACCGCCAUUCCCUUCUUCGAAAUCCUGGGGACUUCGCUCUGGUCGUUCACCAACUAUUUUUCGAUUGCACCUGUUCUUCAGAUGGCCUUCUAUAUGGAUGCUUUGGGAAGUGGCAUGCCAUAAUGUAUGGCACCUACAGCUUCCAGCUAAUAUCAGAUGAGAGGUUCCAGAACGUCCUAGAUAAACUCAUGCGUCUCUGCAGAUCCCACUAUCGCUCUCUUGACCUUAUAGAGCUGGAAAGGUUCCUACCGGCCGACAUCCUCAAGAAAAUAAAGGCUCCACAACAAACUUAUACUAUCACAGAACUACCAGUAGACUUGGACGCCCUUAGGUCACCAUAUGAGGAUCCUGAAGAAGACGACGAUAUCACCUUCAAGAUCGCAGCACCGGAUGUCCAUGAAGAACCUGCAAUACGCACACUGGAUGAACAUGUAUACAUCGGUCAGAUAUUGUACAAGGCGAUACAAGAUGAAGACUGGAAUUGUUGGCGAAGUUCGGGGGUUGACCACUUCGAAACAAUGCUCCAUGUGAGCUUUACUGAGAGGAACCGUCCGGUUGACGGGACACGAUCUGUUGAGACUUUUCCUCGCAAAAGAGCCCGUUCUCCGCAAGCCUCCAGCAUUGUGCAGCCGAAGAGGUUUCGAGCGUCAUCGUCCGCUCAUAAUUCGACCCCUGUGGAUGGUUCAACUUUCGAGCGUGCUGCCUUGUGUCGAGAGCAGGAUGCUGAUACCCAGAGUGUGAGCCCACAGCCCGCCGGGGAUAUUGAAGCCAGUUAUUCAGAAUCGGAAGAUGAAGAUGAAGCGAAAGUGAACUCUAUUUUCACCGCUAAGUUACAUGACGAGUUAGUGAGUUAGCAUUGCUUAGUUAGUGUGUCCCACAUGUAAUUCACUAUGUAUGUGACCUGGUAUAAAUCUCGCUAUGUUCGAACUAGUUGUUGCCAACAACGAUCAUUGAAAUACAAGAUCCACUUGUCAGUGC